AUGCUUGCUGCGAAACCAGUUGCUUCACCGAUGGUGCCCACUGAUCGUUUGCAGCUCACUUCUGGCACACCACUUGCUGAUGGUUCUGAGUAUCGUCAGAUUUUUGGUAGCCUGCAGUACUUUCACUUUACGAGGCCGGACAUUGCCUUUGCAGUUAACAAGCUCUCGCAAUUCAUGCAUAGGCCUACAAAUAUUCAUUGGCUGGCAGUUAAGAGAGUUCUUCGUUAUCUUGCGGGGACCAAAGAUCGUGGCAUCUUUCUUUGUCGCAACAAUACUAUUUCCCUUCAUGCCUUCUCCGAUGAUGACUGGGGAGGCAACAAAGAUGAUUACACUUCGACAGGUGCCUACAUUAUCUAUCUUGGAUCUCAUCCUGUUGCUUGGUCUUCUAAGAAGCAGAAAUCUGUUUCGCGCUCUUCCACAGAGGCCGAAUAUCGCGCUGUUGCAGACACAACCUCCGAGCUUUGUUGGGUUGUGUCCUUGUUACAAGAGUUGGGUCUGAAGUUCGUCACUCAGCCGGUUAUCUACUGUGAUAAUGUUGGCGCAACGUAUCUUGCUGCUAACCCUGUCUUUCACUCCCGUAUGAAGCAUGUGGCUUUGGAUUAUCAUUUUAUUCGUGAAUUGGUUCAGUCUGGUUUUCUUCGAGUUUCUCACGUGUUUACCAAGGAUCAGCUGGCUGGUGCUUUAACGAAACCGGUGUCUCGUUCUCUUCUAUCAGUCAACUUGUCCAAGAUUGGUCUUUCUUCUGGUCGUUCAUCUUGA